AUCUCGUCUGCAAUAUCAAGAGGUUCCUCUUUGCCUUCGCACCCCAGUAGGUAUCACCAAAAAAAGGGUGAGUGAGUGAGUGAGAAGUGUGUUCCCUCCCGUACCCCACCACACUACUUUGCCAGUCCUAGGUAAAGCCCCCGAGCAGCAAAGGAGCAAAAGCACGGGCCACAGUCCCCGAAGAGACGGGGAGAGGCGAGAGAAACGCGCAGCCUCCCACCUCAGUCACAGUGCCUCCUGGCGGGCAAGUCCCAAUGCUCCUAAUGCUCCAGGUCCCCCCCAAUGGGCGGUUCCUUUGUUAAAGCGGCAACUCAAUCCCCCGGGGCGGCGCUGCCGCUUUCUGCCACCUGUUCCACGCUCUUGCCCAGCCCACCACCCACCCACCUCACCACCUCACGUCCAUUUGCUCACCCACAAGUCGGGUUAGGUCUCCAGCUGCUUUCUGACAUCGAAACCUGGCCCGCCGGACAAAUCGCAGCAGCCAACGAAACGCCGAGGAGGCAAAGAGCGCUCACCGCACACUGUGCCUGCCAUUCCCACUCUUCUCCUUCUUCCCCCCUCCUCCACCCAAAAUCGACUACCUCUCAUCUUCCCGUAACCUUUCCCACUUUCGACCUCACCACCCAUCGACGCCCUCUCCCAAGUUCUUUGCCAUCCGCUCAGGACUUCUGCCAGUUCCAUCUCGCUCCUACGAUUCCGGAAUCGAGUGAGCUGUCUUCGUUUGAUUCUACAUUUCUUCUAUUUUCCCAGUCCUCACCCACAACCUAAUUCAAAAUGGAAGGUACGUAACGCCAUCUCCAUCUCUGCCAGCAGUUCACUCCCUCCACGACUCCGACGCCGCCUCACCUCCCCUGGCCUCAUCCGAGUCGCGAUGCUCGACUCUAUCAACAUCCGUCUUUGUUCUGCCUCACUUGCUAACGUAUAU